AUGGCAGGUGCAGACUACUACAAAGUGCUGGAAGUCGACUCCAAAGCAACCCAGCAACAAGUCCGCGAUGCCUACAAAAAAGCCGCCCUAAAGCACCACCCGGACCGCGUCCCCUCCGACUCCCCAGAGCGCACCGCCCGCACAAAACGCUUCCAGCAAAUCAACGACGCAUACUACACCCUCUCGGACCCCACGCGCAGGCGCGACUACGACGCCGCCAGGACAUACAACAGCUGGACGGGCACGACGGCCACUCCCGAGGAGGAAGAUGUUCCUAGUGGAGGUGGUGGAGGAGGCGGCUUUGGCUCCUUCCCCUGGUCCGCCUUUGGAUUCGGCAGCGCACCCGCCGGUAACACGGAAGAAUCACACAAUCGCUUCAGCGAAGAGCAGUUCGGCGGGAUCUUCGAGGAGAUGCUGCGCGAAGAGGGCAUGGCGAAUCAAGACGCGUCGCCGACGGGCAAGUUCUGGAGUAUCGUUGGUGGACUGAGUGGAGGCGCGAUGGGCUUCAUAGUGGCGAAUUUCCCGGGUAUGUUGGCGGGGGCGGUGGCGGGGAAUCGGUUGGGCAGUGUGAGGGAUGCGAAGGGGAAGAGCGUGUAUGAGGUUUUUAGGGAGUUGCCGCAGGGGGAUAAGGCGAAGUUGUUGAGUGAGAUGGCGGCGAAGGUUUUUGCGAAUGUUGUUAGUGGGUAG